GUGUCUCGCGGCGGCCGUAGUGUCUUUGUGUCAUACUAUAUAUGUACCACAUCAGUCAUCAAACAAAUACAGUAUUCCCCAGCCUCCAACACACAUAUUUAUGUACAAUGAGUUCCCUUUACUGACGCAAAAGUCCUGUCACCAGCCCAGUUCCCCAUUCAGCUAAAUAAAGGGGAAGCUUAACUUAAGACGUGUUUCCCUUGAAAGAGACGCAGAUGCAUCACUGAGGGCAGAGUGCCAAGACGAGGAGCAGCCAACACUGAAGAGAGGAACAUAGGUGAAGCCAAAGAAGAGGAGGAACAGGUGAAAGAAGGUCAGAGGAGCUCAACAAAAAACAAGGCAACCAGAACAGGAAGAUGGCACAGGGCUGCUGGCUACUGCUCACCCUCUCUCUGAAAGGUAUUCUUGCAGGCAAUUGGUCAGUUCAUCUCCCCUCAGGUCCCAUCUGUGCUGUGAUUGGUUCUUCAGUCAUUUUCCCUUGUGCCUAUGACUACCCCCAGAGCUCUAAUGAAACCAGGGGAGAGGGGCGGCUCUCCACUCAGGAAGGUGAAGCAGGACAAGGCUACAAAGUUUUGUCUGAGAUUUGGUGUCUUGAAGACAGUCGUUGUAUCACACCAAGAUACGUGUUCCACAGUGCUCGUAUCUUCCCCGAUCCAUCUUACCACAACAGGGUGCAGUACCUGGGGGAGCCAGGGACCAAGAACUGCUCUCUGAGGAUUUCGGAUCUGAAGAAGUCGGACAGUGGAACAUAUGUCUUCUACCUCAUCACCAGCCAUCCUACAGAGAAGAUGCCAAAGCAGAGCGGCAUACAGCUCCUGGUUACAGAAUCCCCCAGUGCAGUCUCAGUGUUAUCAAGCCCAUCCAGUGGCAUCACUGAGGGUGCAGCGCUGCGUCUGGGCUGCUGCAGCCCUGACGUCAGUCCACCGGCCAGUUUCACAUGGUACAAGAGCACAAGCACCAGCCUAAAACACAGUGGACAGACGUGGAGUAUCAGUGAAGUUACCGCUGAUAAUUCUGGCAGCUAUUACUGUCAGAUGCGGACCGGAGAUAAAGUGCAGAACUCAACUAUGCUUGCCAUUGAGGUACAAUACUCUCCUCGCAACACAACUGUCUGGGUCUCGUCUGAUGAAGAGCUGCAGGACGAGGUCCCUGUGACUCUGACCUGCAGAAGUGACGCUAACCCACCCGUGCGCACCUACGUCUGGUACCAGGGUGCAGCUUGUCUCCCCACAGCAGAUAAAAGUUUUCAUCAAGGAAAACGAACAGCGGCCAUCCCAGCAGGAAGAGACACGACACUCAGCAGUGCCAGCUUCACCGCUAAGGAAUAUGGGCAGCACUGCUGUGUAGCACGCAACAGACACGGAUCACAGACUUACAGUGUAACACUCAAAGAAAACAAAGUAACCGCAUCCGAGUCCACAGGAAGCAGAUGGAUCAUUGUCGUAGUGGCUAUUGGAGUUCCACUGGUCAUUAUAGUCAUGGCUGCCAUCUUUAUGACAAGAAAGAAGUCAUCCAGACAUCAGUCAUACGUCCUCACUGAGACAACCGCUACAGAACCGUAAAGACUCAGCAAACCAGACCAGGACUCAUUCUGGACAAAGUCAUAUCCACACCACCACCACCAACAGAUCCUUUCAUGUUACAUACACUUAUGCAUAACUCUUGUGUGGUUACAUCACAACCUCUUGUUUGUUUCCUGGUAAGCCACUGACCACCUCACAAGCCUCAUGUCCCAAUUGAGCCCCUGGUGGAAACAAAGACUGUCGAUGGUUGCUCCAGCUCACCAGUUGUGAGAACUUGAAGAUCACGUGACUUACUGUACUUUCAAGCAAGUGUGAUGCAACAAUGAACUCAUUAAUUCACACAUUCUGAUAGACAGACCUAUAUUUGUUUUCGAGAAGUGAAACGAAUAUAAAUCUGUCAGAAUGUCUUUCUGCUCUAAUAACUUGUUCCAUUUAUUUUAGUGCUUUUGCUCUGUUGAAGGAAUAAAUAAGUAUUUAUUGUAAAAAUAAACAAAUAAGAAAUAAAAUACUUUGUUUUUUUUUGCCAAA